AUGCGCAAACCAAGUAUACAAAUUAACAGCAAUAAAAAAGUUAGACGUAACCAUGAAAAUUCGCAACAUGUUAUAUGGAUAAUAAGUAUUGCAACAUUUACUUGUAUUAUAGCAAUUAUUGGUGCUGUUUUGGGAUCUGUUGGUGUUAUAAAACAAGUACAUAAUCGAGUUGAUCAAAGUUUAAGUAAUGAGUGGGAAACGAAAUGUUUUGUAUUUCAACGAGUAUCAAUUCCAUAUCCAUGUAAUCCAUGUAAUAAUUCAAAUUGUAUAACAUAUUUUUGUUCAGAAGAAAAAUUUAAAGUUAGAUAUGAAAUAUUUGAUGGAACAGAAAUAUUUAGUUAUAUUAAUAUCAAUGGUAAUUCAAAGAAACAAAAUAUUCAAAUUGGACAAGAAUAUCCAUGUUAUUAUGAUCGAUCAACUAAUUAUAAUUCAGUUAAAUGGGAACAUAAACAAUGGAAAUCUCAAACUGUAAUGAUUAGCAUUGGCAUUAGUUUAAUCAUCAUUGCUUUUGUUGUGCUUACUCUAUUGGGAAUUUAUAUGAUAGUUAUUGAAAGACCACGUUUAAAUCAGCUCAAAAGAAGAAAUCAAAUGUUAACACAUUUAUCAGCUGAACAUUAA